AUGCCAUCAUACCUUGUAGCUGGUGCUUCUCGCGGGAUCGGUCUCGAGUAUGUCCUCCAGCUUGCCAAACGGGCCGAUGCCGUGGUCAUCGCUCUCGUCCGCAACCCGACCAAAUCGACCCAUCUUACUUCUGCCAUUGCAGAUCUCAAGAACGUCCAUGUAGUGGCAGGUGACGUGACCGACUAUCGCACGCUAGAGCUUGCCUCAAAGCAGGUGGGAGAAAUCACCGGCGGGAAGCUAGACUACUUGAUCCACAAUGCUGCCAACUUGGACAUGUCCACUUUUUUCAAAGGAUUCGACGACUACACUGAUGUGGAGCAACUUGACUCCGAUUUCAUCGAUGCGUUCAAGGUCAACAGUCUUGGUCCUGUACACAGCAUCAGGGCGUUCCUACCCCUCCUCCGCGCAUCCUCUACCAAGAAGAUUGUCGUCAUUGGCACAGCAGGCGCUCUCCCCGAGUUCGCUCGGUUUAUCGGUGUCUCUGGCACAGCGGCGUACACUAUGACGAAGGCGGCGGGCCUCCUCGCGACCACGAAGUAUGCGGUCCAGCUCAAGGGCGAGGGCUUUGUCGUCGUCAGUCUCAAUCCAGGGCUAGUAAACACGUUGGCCACUGCCGUCAAUGACAGUGCGUUGCUUCGAGUCGAUAGCGAUUUCUGUUGA